ACACGUGAGAGGCUAGCGCUAGAGGUCACUGGUCCUCACCUGACUAAGUUGACUGCGUCACUGGUACUGCGUGCGAGCGCGACAGACGUCUGAGUGUAGUUAACUACCGUAAUUAACGUGUUUAUUUCAAACAUUUUGUGAGAAAUUGAGUGAGAUAAUAUCUUCACAACCAUGGCAGAACUUGUGGAGAAAAAAAUGGAGGAAAUGAUUCCUGAAUUAGAGGAAAUGGAAAGAAUCGGUCUUUUAUCAGCUGAAGAACUAAGAGUGUUGAUCAUCAAGAGGCGUCACUUCAUGUACAAGCUUGGAGCCAUGAAUCUAUCUAAGAGAGAUAUUUUGGCUUAUUUUGAGUAUGAAACUUUGCUUCUUGAACUUAUUGGCGUGAGAAGAAAGAAAAUGCGAAUGUUUGAGAAAGUUCCACAGAUUGAACACUGUAUUUUCAAAAGACUUCACAAGCUGCUUAGUUUGGCUACACAACGCUUUCCUCAUGACUUGCAACUAUGGGAAAAGAGGAUCCGUUUCUGCAAGAGCAUUGGCUUCCCGACAGUUGUUUAUCAUGCCUACCGAGAAAUGAGCAGAAAGCAUCCACGCAUUCUUUCUGUGUGGAUUGACUGGGCUCGUUAUGAGGUCUCCAUGUUUGGCAAAUUUGAAAAAGCCCGAGAGAUUUUGGUCUCCCAGGCAGUCAUGCACCAUCCUGGCAGUAAGCCUCUCUUCAGAGAGAUAUUCCGCUUUGAGCUGAUGUAUUGUGAACAUCUGUUCCAUGGCCGCUACACCGGUGAUCCAGCCAAUGAUGGCAGUGUUGAAGUUCUCAGUGAUAGCAUGAGGAAAAUAUUUGCUUGUGAUGGAGCUCGUCUGGUGUUUGAAGAAGCAGUAGCUGAGCACCCUGAUGUAUCAACUGCCAUCGAGUUCUAUCAUGUAGCCCAGCAUUUCUCUUUUGCUGCCAAGUUGACUGAAGAAAUUUUUCAGAAAAUCUGUCAAGCGCACGAUGGAAAGGCUGAGGUGAGACUGUUGAAGGCUGAGCGAGAAGCCCUUGAGUUGCUUUUGGAUCCUCUGGAGAAUGAAGAUCAAGAAGAGACUUCAGCUGGGGAGGAGUACCUGGCUCCUUACCUGCUGUAUGUUCAAGCUCAAAAAAAGAAGAAACUUCAAGCUGGUUUUUUAAAGUUCACAGCUGAAAACCGAGAAAAAGCUCUGCACCCGUUUUUGUACUCCACUCACUUAUCACUCAGUGGGCAAUCCAGCGGGUAUGUCAACUCGAAUAACCUCGUUGCCGGCAUAAACUUCACUGAAGAUGAAAACUCCCGACUCACUACAUUAUUUAUGAGAGAAAUAUUGAGCCUGAUGUAUUAUACUUGGAGAUGCAGGCAAACACUUCACCUGCUGGCUGCAAGACUUGACAAGCUGUGUGAUCCACAGAUAUCUUCACUCAUGCCCAAGCAAAUGCUCGUAUGGGUGACUGUUCAGCAAGAGUUCCCGGAGCUGGCGUGGCAGCACAGCACACAGGAGUUGCUGCAGCGCGUAUGUGACGGCACGUCUGCUUGCGCUGCAGUCUACGCACUCGCUCAGCUGGCCAAGUCGGGCAGUGGGGGAAACGCCAUGCUUAUUGAAGUGUUCAAGAAGCUGGAGACUCGCCUGCCUGAGGCGUGGCGCCACUCCGCCUUGCGAUGCGUGUUGGGUGCCCUGCAGCCUGGCCCCGAGCGCAUGAGCUUCCUGGAACAACACAGCAACAUUAGGAGCCUCGACCGGGUCCUUGUGACCAGCACCAGGCUGGCUCUUCUCUGGGCCACAUACCAGGAACAUGGCUUGUCGGCAGCAAGAAAGGUGUACGCCAAAUACGAACUCUUCCCCCCGUUCUCCUCUGAACUCCACGCCACGAUGUGCUUUUUGGAGCUGGGAGGCGACGCCAGCGUCCCUCUUAUGGAGUCCAUGGCAAAGUCACAAGAUUCUCACGAGUACGUAGAGCCUGAAGAUCAAUGGGGCAUCGAUACCAAAGGAGACGGAGGAGCUUCUGAUCAGGAGGAUGAAAUGAAAUCUGUCAAAGAAACCGAAAGUGUGAGUGGCGAAGAACAGGAAGAUGCUGCCAGCGAUGAGGAAAGCCCGGACGAAAAUGAAACUGAAAGUGUGAAUGUGGAAGAACGGGAAAAUGACCUUAGCGAUGAUGAAGUUGAUAGCGAUGAAAGUCAGGAUGAAGUAGAAACAGAAAGCCUGGCUGGUGAAGAACUUGAAGAUGAUGCAAGUGAAGAGGAAGUGGAGGAUGAGGAAAGCCAUGAUGAUGUGGAAGGUGAAGACAACGAUGGAGCUGAAAGCUCCAGUGAUGAUGAAAUCAGUGACCAUGAAGCGAAAAUGCAGAAGCGUUUCCCCGUGAAAAAGAAGGAGACCAAACUCACUAAAAAACAUGAGAUUGAUGUUGAAAGAAUACGACGGAUUUUCAAGACAGUGAUUCGUCUACUUGGAGGAAAACAUCAUGAGGUGUGGUUGGCUUACCGCCAGUUUGAAGUGCAGUUCGGAGACACCAAGAGUGUCUCUGGCGUCAAUCAAGACGCGGAGCACCACAUGGAUGCCUGGUGCCUCCUCGCCUACAAGAAUUCCCUGCUCGACAUUCAACAUGAGCGCUUUGUGGACGCGAGCGAGACAGUCGAGCAACUACAUCCUGAAGGUGGCAGUGUCAUCAAAAUCACAGUGCCUCCGAAACCUUCAUUCCUCAGGCAAAUGCCUAAGAAUUUCAUAGCUAGAUUAAACGCGGCCGAAGUGAAGCAACGUAAUGCCUUCCUGGCUGCCAUCGCUGCUAUAGAAGCCCUUACCGAUGACAAACCAGACUCGCCUGCUCCCCUGGGCCGCACGUGGUACGACGUGCUCACUGUCCUCCUGGACGGUCGCCACAUUCUGCCUCGCCGCGCCCCAGAAGCGGAGUCACGUCACGUCACCGCCCCCAUUGAUGGCUGCUUCAGAGACGCGCGACUACCAGAAUCUUCAUCCUUCUGCGGGGUAGCCAAGGCGUCUAAAACUAAGGUGGUGAAAAGCAGCAGUUCUCUAAGCCUGCUCCCCGGCGAGCACUGCUCGGACGCGGUGCUGCGCCACAACAAAUUUAGUGCAGUUACUUGCCGCAACCCGCGGGACGAUCUUGACGCCAUGCUCGCCAAGUCCGCAACUCUGAAGCCUGAGUUCCUGAAGAAGAAGGCAUUGGAUUCAGUCAUGUCCAAGAAGGCGGCUAAGAAGAAAGCCAGAGAAGAGCGCCAGAAGACUGCAGGCAAAGGAUGGGAUCACAUGAAGGCUCCUGAGAUGACGCCUGAGAUCGCUAACGACAUAGAGCUGCUCAAGAUGAGAGGCAUCAUCGAUCCUAAACAAAGGUUUAAAUCCACUCACAUGAAGGUGACGCCGAAAUACUUCCAAAUAGCUAAGCUAAAGGACGACCCAAUACACUUCUACAAUCGCCUCACCAAGAAGCAGCGCAAGCCAACUCUGGCUGAAGAGAUCAUCAACGAUCAGGAGCUUGUCAGUUAUCAGAAGAGGAAGUUUACACAGCUUGUGGCCGCUCGCGAGUCUCACCGUUCGAAGAAACGCAAAGCGGGUGGAGAUUUCAUUGAAAUCUCGAAAAAUGCUAAAUAAAUUUAACCGAACUCAA